AUGGCGAGAAGCGAGGAAGAAAAGAUGCUCCCUAAAACGAAGUGGUUGGUGUUGUGGUCUCUGUGGCUGGCGCGCAUGGUGCCACAGCCGUCUCCAGUGGUGCACGUGGAACAGGGUGCGCUGCGGGGACGUCUAGCGCCUGAUGGCUCACACUACCAGUUCUUCGGCAUACCCUACGCUACCUCGAAUCCACAGUACAGGUUCAAGGCACCAGGUCCAGAACCUAAAUGGAAGGGGAUCUACGAAGCUAUCAAUGAGCACAUAAAGUGUCCACAACGAUACGGUCCGUGGCUGGUUCUGGGUUACGAAGAUUGCCUCAUACUAAACGUGUAUCGCCCUUUGCCCGUGGACCUUGACGCGCCGCUGCCCGUCAUGGUGUAUAUCCACGGCGGUGGCUUCAAGGAGGGCUCGGGAUCUCGCUUACUUUACGGACCUGACUAUCUCGUCACUCGAGGCAUCGUACUCGUCACCUUCAAUUAUAGAUUAGAUUUGGAAGGCUUCCUAUGUUUAGGAAUAAAGGAGGCUCCAGGUAAUGCUGGUAUGAAAGAUCAAGUAGCAGCGCUUAAGUGGGUGCAGCGUAAUAUUAGAGCAUUCGGUGGUGAUCCCGACAACGUAACAAUAUUUGGUGAGAGUGCGGGUGGCACGUCGGUGUCCUUGCACCUGUUGUCGCCACUAUCGCAUGGACUUUACCAUAAGGCUAUCAUACAAAGUGGCUCGUCUUUUGCACCGUGGGGGCUAACAUAUCAACCAAUGCAAACUGCCAUCGCCACUGCGAAAGAGUUGGGAUUUGAUAUUGAAGACACGCAUCAAAUUUACAAGCUCUUCAUAAGUGAAACAAUAAGUAAUCUUAUCAAAGCCGAAAUACCAACAAGAGACGGACAAUUAGCGUAUUUACGUUUUUCAUACGUACCGUGCAUUGAGCGAAAGAUAAAUGGGUCUCAACCAUUUCUAACAGACUCGCCGUUUGAUAUGCUCUCUAGAGGAGAGUACAACAAAGUGCCCAUUAUUAUAGGAGCAACUGAUCAUGAAGGAUACAUCCUUACUUAUUUUGAAAGUGAACAGUCGCUGAAAAAUAUACGUUUUGAAGAAACGCUCCCGCUUGAUCUGUACUUCCCAACAGAAUCAGAGCGGCUGGCGGUGGGAGAACAGGUGAAACAGUUAUACAUGGGCGAUGACAAGACAACCUGGGACAAUAUAGUAAAGCUGUCAUUGUUGCACGGCGAGCCGUACUUCACGUACCCUGUCCAGGCCGAGACCGAGCUGCUGCUACAGGCCAGUGACCAUCCCGCUGUCUAUAGUUACAUGUUUGAGUAUUCCGGUUGGAGAAAUUUUGCUAAAUUUGUAGGGAAUUUAAAGUUCUGGGGGGAGGACGGCGCCUCACAUGCGGACGACAUUUUCUACUUGUUCAGCUUAUUCCCUAUGCCGUCUAUGUUUGAGCACCACAUGAUAAAUACAAUGACAACUCUAUGGACCAACUUUGCUAAAUAUGGGGAGCCAAAUAGAGCGAUGUGGCCACCGGCGCAGCGUGAUCCGCUCCUGGCGCUGUACAUCAAAGCGAGACCACAGCUGAAACCGCUGCACGACUUUCGACCACAACACAUGGGUUUCUGGCGCAACCUUUACGACAAGUACCGCGCGCCUUUGAACUUCACCUCCAUGUACGCGCCAAAGACCAGAUGA